AUGGCGGCUGUACCUGAUAUGUCGCACCUCACCCCCGAGGAGAGGAGCACCAUCGAGGAGGUUAUAAUAAGGCAGAAGCAGGAGGAGGAGAAGGAAAAUGAGAUUAUGAGACGGAAGCAGGACGAGGUGAAGAUCCUCGAGGAAAGGAUACGUGCCUGCUCGGAGAAACACAAGAAGGCGGGAGUGGAGCUGCACGCCACGUGUCACAUAUGCCUGAAAACCAAGUUCGCCGACGGCGUCGGUCACAUCUGCAACUACUGCAGCAUCCGCUUUUCUUUUUUUUCCCUGCCCGGUUCACAGGAUCAGAACACGGAUCUCGCGAUGACAUAUCAGCCUAUGGUGGAAGCGGGCCCACCACGAAGCGCGGUACAUCCCCCUCAGCAACAUUCGGUGCAUCAGACGCAAAGCGCGCACCCCCCGCAAGCGGUGGUCGGACAGGGUGGUGGUCUUCAGCCUCAGAGAAGCUUCAGCAGCAGCGAGGAGGAGCGAAGCACACCCGAGUGUGCGAGCGACGAGCCUGACGAAUCCGAGAAGGGGAAGGGGUACUACCACCAUACGGGAGGUCCGAUAUCAAUGUCCGGCGGUGGACGUAGGCACAACGGACCCCACAACGGGCACUACAACAUGGCCGCGAUGACCAUCGAAUAUAACGGUCAUCAUCCACCGCGAGAGCCGCGAAAAGAGGAGAACACUCUCGUGAGACGGAGCUUCCGAAGGAGUGGCGACGAGUGGCGCGCCGACAGUAGGAGGUUCACGGAGAGGAGGGGGAAAAAGACAGUACGAUUUGACGGUGGGACCAAUGUCGGCGGCCCUCAGGAGGAUUGGUCUUGGGAGGCCGAUCGGCAGGGUAGCCAAGACAGCGCGACCAAAGACUCCGGGAUAGACACCUCUAGCACGUUCACGAGCAGUGAGGACAGCAACAGGGGCGACCUGCCCAAGCAUCCAUGGCAAGUGAGCAGAGACGGCCAGAAGAUCAUUGGCCACAUGGUAUUGCGAAAGCAGUCCGGCUCCGGGAGCAGUAGUAGCAUACUCGGAUUGAAAGUGGUUGGCGGCAAACUGUUGGAGGAUGGGUCCAUGGGCGCCGUCAUCGAGAAGGUGAAGAAGGGUAGCACGGCCGACAUAGAAGGUCAACUCAGACCCGGUGACGAGGUGAUCAAGUGGAACGGCAGAUCCCUUCAGGGCAAGAGUUUCGGCGAGGUUUAUGACAUCAUCGCCGAGUCGAGGCAGGAUCCCCAAGUGGAGCUGGUUGUCUCGCGGAAUAUAUCGUCGGCUACGGGCCCCAUGGCCUCGGCGGGCCCUGUGCCCGCGAUGGCGGUGAGGAAGACCGCGCAGACCCAGUGGAGGCAAAAGCAUCCGGAGACGAUAUCCGGGCCGCAGCAUCACAAAGAUUAUAUGAUUUUUCGUAUUCCAGGUCUUAAGAAAUGUAUUCUAUGGGAGUUAUACGACGCGAGGCGCGAGAAACCUUCGGUUUUAGUGACCUCGCCCGGCUCGCCCGAUUUCCACGCCCGAGGACACGCGAGACACCUACGGCACGCGUCGUCCAGCAACGCGAACGUCGGUGGUAAUCUCCAGGUGAAGCUGAGCUUCGAUCCCGUGGCGCUACGGUUGAUCGUCACGUUGAUCUGCGCGGCCGGGCUCACGCCCAGGAGCAACGGCCAACCCAGAAAUCCCUACGCCAAGAUCUUCCUGCUCCCCGACAAGAGCGAAAAGUCGAAGAGACGGACGAAAACGUUGGCGAACACGAACGACCCGAAGUGGAAUCAGACGUUCGUGUACGAGGGUAUCAGGAGGGUGUCGGAGUUGAGGAAAAGGGCGCUCGAGAUCACGGUUUGGGAUUACGGGAAGUACGACACGAACGACUUCCUGGGCGAGGUGGUCCUCGAGCUCGCGGCGGCGCGUUUCGACGAGGAGGCCGAGUGGCACCCCCUCGCAGGGCACAGCGAGCACCGGCAUAUUGGAUACUAUCAGGAGCCCGAUGACAUGGUGAUAACACCGGUGGACUGCCAUCUCAGUCCACCGUCGACGACGUCGCGGCUCAGCGACUCUGACACUUCCGAAUGCGAUAUCACGGACUGCGACGGCUCCAGGGAGCAAAGGAGAACAGCUGACGGUGCCAGUAUAAGCAGUAUCGGCAGUUCCUCCAGGUUUCAUAAUAUGCCGUCAAAUUAUAAGCGCCACUAUUCUAGCCCCCCGCCGGAAAGGGAGCUCUGCAUGGACGGGGAGCAUCGAAGUCGAAGGGACAUGUCGCCGCAGGGGCGUAAACGGGCCCUUAUACGGGAUCAACCGGCGUCUAUUUCUGGUUACCAGACCUAUCGCAAGGACGAUAUUCAUCGAGGAAUGAUGAGCCACAGGUCGCACAGUGCAGCACCCAUGGACUCGCCGAGCCUUCGGUACCGCGGAAGGUCCCAAAGUCCCACCGGUCAUCGCUCUCUGUCCCCGCCCGAGCACAGAUCCAUGCCCUACUCGCACGGCUUCGUUCCACCCAGAUUCAGCUCGAGGUCGGCGACAGCCACUCCCACCGGCAGCCCGAAGAAGAGGCAGCUGCCUCUGAUCCCAUCCGCCCUGAAGGAAAGGGCCGCCCAGGACCUCGAGGAGCGGGCCAGAUUCAUGAGACACCGAAGUAGGCAGGUGCACACGUACAGGAGUACGGGCAUGGGAGGUUGGGAAAGACAUUACAGCGGUCUGUCGGACUCGGAUCUACUCUCGAUAGAUCACGAUCCGUUAUCGUUGCCGCACAGUCACGCUUAUCGAAUGCACAGACCGCGAAGGGGACACUUAAGUCCUGACAAAGACGUACUUGGAGAUCUCGGUGACUCCGAUAUGGAGAGUGUAGCCUCCGUGACGAGCAGUGCCUUCAGUACGCAAUCGGAACGACCACGUGGCUCUAGAGGACUAAUACCGACAGUUAAAAACGUUUUAAUACCCGGUGUCAUAUCCCCAAUGCCCCUGCCCCCUAGGCGCAAUAGGCGCAGGCACAGACUUAGGGUACCCUGCAGCGAAUGUCACUGUCCGAACAACAAUCCCACCAAGCCCAGGAGCAACAACCCCAGCAAGCACAAUCCCACCCCGCAUCCCCUCGUACGGAGCAAGUCCGCAGUGGUGCGCUCGUUGUACAGAAAGAUGCGUACGCCGUUCACGAGGUCGCAGACAGUCGACGAGAACAUGCUGAGAUAUUACAGCCCGGAGACCAGCGAGUACAGCGUCUCCGAGGGUUACAUGCUCAAGCCGGAGGAGCUUACGGGUAGCUCAAAGAAACGUAUACCGGAGAUAUACGUGGAGGAUUGCCUUCAGGUCGACUUCAACGAUCGCCUCAUCGAGAAGUUUCGCGACAGAUACUCGUCGUCGCCCUAUCAACUGGAGGCCGGCGCUCGUAGACGGUCGCGUAGCUGGCAAGAUCGUGGCGGAAGAAGCGCGAAAUCUAGGCACCACUUGUUCUCGAGAGGGUUGUUGCACGACGUUGUUACGGACGAUCUCGGCAUUAGGAAUCUAGACGUUAGCUUGCGGCCGCGUAGAUCUUUUUUAUUCUCGAAGGCUAGGAGCUUCGACUACGACGUGCUCCACGACACCUACGCCGAUCGUUACGCCGGUUUCGGACUAGGAGCGGGCACGCUCUCGCGUAGGGCAAAGAGUUUCGAGUACGACACGAUCUCGAGCAACAUAUUCAGCGACGACAGCCUGAGGACGGCCCGCCGUAAGUUGAAGAAGAAUCUCGCCAUCAACGACGCCGGUUACGGCGACAAGAUACCGGCCCUCGGCGACCAGAGCAAAUCGUACUUCGACUCGAACGGCGACGACAACAAGAUGCCCACCAACAUUCUGCUCGACCGCGAGAAGAAUUACGACUACAUGCUGAAACAGGAUCACAAACCGUUCUACGGCUACGAUUCCGAGUUCAGCUGCGGCGAGACCGAGAUUUACAUGCCGCGUUUCGUCGACAAGCAGGGAUUGGACACGAGCUCGACCGUCCCGGCGACGGUUAUCGACGGUUAUCCCCGGGAUUCCUACGAAUUCCUAUCGGAGGAGAACUCGUUCAGCAGCGACGAUCAAACGAUCGGUUUCGCCGGUAGGGAGGAUCCCCUCCUGCUCGGCCGGGAGGAUCCCACGAAAGUACGAAGGUACAGAGGGGAGUCGGCCACGUUUCACCAAGAUCGCGACGUACCCGCCACGUACGCGGCGGAGAAAUCCCGGGCGAGGAGUCUCGCCGACGCCGACAACGAGCACAUAUACUGCAGCAUAGACGAGGCCGUGGAGAGAUACGGGCGGGACAGGAGGAAGAUCCCUCGUUCCUCGAUCCGACUCGUCCCCGAUUUCGAGGGAUCCCGCUACGAUCCUCCCGAGGGAGGAGGGCGGAGAAGAGCUCGUUCCUCUUCCGCUGUUCGCGAUACAGCGGCGCGAAAAAGCGAUUCGUAUUUGGAGAACGGUGGUUACGACGGUUACGAAUGGGACGUGGAGGGUUACGACGACGAGGGUUUCGUCGACAGAGGGAGUAUGGACGAUUACGAGCAGCAACAGCAACGAGAACAACAACAACAACAACGACGACGACGACAACGACGAGGACGACGAGUGUACGAGGACGAUUACGACGAGGAUGAAAACGUUGCGAUGGAGAUGUACGAGGAUUAUUACGGUGGACGAGAGGAGAGAGGGGACGGUGGAAGAGGUAGACGCAAGAGGAGGUCGUCGCAGUACGGCGAAUACGACGGCGAUUAUCGGGAUUAUCGUUCCGCGGAGGAGUACGAUUACGAAGCGCACAGUGGGCCGGAAUACGGGCGAGUAGCAGCGGACGCCUUGUACCGAGAGAACACGUUCCCCCGUCGAAGAAGGAGGAGAGGCAGCAGGCGAGAAGGGAGCAGGGAGGCGAGCGCCGGUGCGGGGAUUUACGAGAACGUGCAGGCAACCACGUCUUCGUUGGUCGUUCCAACGUUCUCCGAGAGCAAACGGAUGAUGCUGCAACGGGCUGAAUCGACGCCGAUCCUACGCUCGGACGAGGAGUUGAGCUCGUCGGAGAGGGCCGAGCGGGCCAGGCGUCUGUAUCGUCGCAAAAGGAACACGAGUUGCCCCGAGGCGAGGGAGCUUCGAUACUACGAUUCUCACUACGACGCGCCUCCGCGAAGAAGGAAGGAGGAGGAGCAGAUGGAAGAGGAAGAGAGAAGGACGAACUUUAUCCUGGACUCGGACGAGGAUUUCGGCUCGAUGGAGACGGUCGUGUGCGCGGACUGUUUCCGCCAAAAGGAAACCGGUGGCGGGGCGACGAGGAUUCGGGGCGAGGGUCGGUUCGGUUCGGUUUACUACGACGAACAGGUUGGGGAGAGAGGUCGUUACGAUUACGACGAAGGCGCGACGACGAUGACGACGACGACGACGACGACGACGACGACGACGACGACGACGACGACGAUGGAGAGCCGCGGCGAGUAUUAUCACCCGGAUUCGUACUCCCCGCCCUCUCGUUCGGGUAUCGUAACGUCGGAGUAUCGAGGGAUUGUUGCUAGGCGUAAGACGAGCUGCCCGGAGUGUCGGGAGUUAGCGAUGUCGAGUCACGUGGAGUUAGGUAGGUUCGGCUCGUCGCCGCGUAAGAUGGAGGAUGGGAGGGCGUCGAUAGAUCCGUCGAGGCGUGUUAGGUAUUAUCGUAGGCGAAAUAGCAGUUGCCCGGAGGCUAGGGAUCUCGAGCUGCUCGAGAAGAGGGAGGAGGAGCAGGGAAGGCGUCAGCAGGCCCAGCGGCACCCGAGCCAGCAACAGGCGCAGCAGCAGGGUAGUAAGAGGAACGUAGCGAUCAGCGACACCCUCGAGUACUACGAGUACUCGAUGGAGAGCGAGAGCCAGUGCAGCGAGAACUGCGGAUUUGGCCCGUGCGAUCCGCGUAGGCCCCGUAACCGAGCACCCCACCCCGGUAACGCUAAUUCAAGUCUCUUUGAUUCCCAAACCGCUACCUCCGACACUGCUAAAAACUACCACCCACGGGCCGUCGAUCACCACGAAACCUCACGAAACACGAAAUCGUCGCCGCGCGACAACUACGACGACUACAACGAUUCGGCCACCACCGUGGCGACCACGACCGCCACGCCCUCCCCGUCGUCGUCCAUCCGACGGCAUUCGCGGAAAAAAACCGCCGCCGCCGACGACGCCUCCGACGGCCCCGCCGUCGACCACCGCCAACGCGUGGACGGCCGGGAUCGCCGAUCCUCCACCGUGCCCGAAAGCAGCGAGUACACCGGUCAGUCGGGCUCGUACGAGAAACCGUCCAGGAGCCAGCCACCCGAUACCGAGCACGACGAUCGUAAAAGGGGUCAGUUCACCAGGAGUCUCAGUAACACGGACGCGCCGCAGGACGAGAAAGUCGACGGUAGUUUGAGCGACACGGCGAUCGGUUUGAACGUCGAGGACUCCUCGAGAAGGGGUCGCAAGAGCUCGCCCGGGAGUAAAAGCGGAAGCGGAAGUAGCAGCGGUGGGGGAAGCGCGGUGCAGUAUCAGUCGGGUCUGGGGAAGAAGAGUAACAGCACCAGUCAACUGUCCGCCACAGACAGCGAACGUUUAGCUCAUCGAGGAACGAGAUCUUUUGCAGGCUUCCUUGUGUGGGAUCAUCCAUAUCAUCGAAUCUCAAAGCUUAACCCGACAACACAGGUUGACGAAGUCUUUCUUUCUCUACGUGAAUGCAGUGUCGGCGGGGUCUUCGUCGGAAGUGGUGUCGCGGAGGCACGCGCCGGUAUAUCGAGCCGGAAACGCAACAGCACGCCGAGCAGCAUACAACGUUCCGAGGAGAUUGUACCAUAUCAGCGCUUUGAAUCCGGGAAACAAUCGGGAUCGGUGGCCAGUGACACAGCCGGAAGUCUCAACUCGAUCUCUAGUUCCGAAGGAAGCUCGUAAGUAGUGGCCUCCACCGACCGAUUCUGCAACCGGAACUGCGAGACUCCUUGCUGUCUCUUUCUUCUCUGUCUGUUUCUCUUUCUUCUUCUUCUCCUCCUCUCUCUCUCUCUCUCUGUCUUGUCUGUCUCUC